AUGGCCAACCGUAUCCAUGUCGCCGUGCUAGACGCGGAUAUUCCUUGCUUAUCUGUAUACUCCCAGCGAGGCCUGUACAGUUCGCAGUUCCGCGUUCUUCUCCAGAAAGCCGCAGAUCGUCUAAACAAAAGUGACUAUGUCCAACUGCAGAACGGCCCGCUAGCCGUGCAUGUCACAGCUUUUGAUGCCGUGAGAUGUUCACUGCCGCCUCUUGAAAGCCUGCGCGUUAUGCCACCUUCUCCAGAAACCCACGAGGGACCCUUUGGUGCGAUUGACGCGAUCCUAAUCACCGGUUCUGCGCAUUCGGCAUACGAUCCGUAUCCGUGGAUCGCACAGCUUCAAUCUUUCAUUCAGACGGUGCAUGCCAACUACCCUUUGGUAAAGAUCUUCGGCUCCUGUUUCGGCCACCAGCUCAUCGCACAGGCUCUACUGUCGACAUCUGCACGACCUGCGUCUGCAGCAUCGACGUUCCAUGUUGAGCAUUCGUCUAAUGGCUUUGAAAUGGGCAUCCAACCUAUCACUCUGGACCCGUCAUUUACGGUGAUUCCAACUGCCGAAGCGGAAGCUGCAGCUGCAGCUGCAUCUGCGGGUGAAGUUUCCCUACCAGCACCAUGGAUGAACAUUGGCAGCAGCGCCGCAUGCCCCGUGCAAGGUCUUUACAACCCUGGUCGGGUGCUAUCCUACCAAGGUCACUUUGAAUUCGACGCAUGGACUAACCGCGAACUAUGCAUCGAAUUUGGCCGGCGCGCAAAGUGGUCUCAGGCGACCAUAGCAGCGUACCUGGAAUGCAUCGAGCGUUCUCUCGUCCCGGGAAGUGAGGAUAAUGACGAUUCCAAAGCCGCAGCGGAAGCAGUACUACUGUUCUUCGCCGGUGAAGAUCAGCCCAAAACAAUUCCAAUUGCCAAUGGAAUGCUUACACCUCCGCUCGACUCCGCAGCAGGUUGGAUGGGUGGGAUGCAUAGCUGA